AACAACGACUUAUCUUCCCCCUCCAAACCCCAAGAUGACCACAGCUCACAGACCCACAUUUGACCCGGCACAAGGGAAGGAGGCCCUUCGAGGGCCAGCCUAUCACCAGCGAUUGUUACCUGCAUAUACACACCUGAAAGUUCGGCAACCUGGACAAGGUGGUGAUGCCGAUAACGAGGUCCGUGACCUGCGCGCUGAGCUGUUGAAGGCCGAGGCUGCGCAUUUUGCCAAGAAGAAUGGUGUUUCCAUUGAAGAACCCACCAUCGCAGAGCCGACUGCUCCUAAGCGCCAACUCGAAGCUGCCCCUACAGACGCCCAGGGUGAAGCGGAGGAAGACCCGGAGGCCAAACGACGACGAAUCCUAGAAGAGACACGUGACAUAGAUGCCGAUUCGGACGGAUCAGAAGAGGACAGUAGCGAAGAGGAAGAUAGUGAUGAUGAAGAUGAGGCAGCUGAAUUAAUGCGCGAGCUGGAGAAGAUCAAGAAAGAGCGACAGGCACAAAAAGAGAAAGAGGAACAAGAACGAGCUGCCGAGGAGCAAGAGCAGCGGGAGGUAGAUAUCGCUAGGGGCAAUCCGCUCCUCAAUGCACAAGACUUCAACAUGAAGCGGCGCUGGGAUGAUGAUGUGGUAUUCAAGAACCAGGCUCGUGGUACAGAGAAGAAGGAAGGCAAGGAGUUCGUCAACGACUUGCUGCGAUCCGACUUCCACAAGAGAUUCAUGUCAAAAUAUGUUCGGUAAAUCGGCUCCUACGGCCUAUUACAUGCAGUUAGAGCGCCCAGCCGACCACGUCUACUGGGUACACGUUUACUACCAUCCUGCUGACCUCCCUGCACCCACUGGGCAUACACGCCACUCGUAUCGAGAAGCUAAGACUGUAACCGCCGAUUCUUGAAGAGAAAAAUCGAACAUGGGCGGGACAAUUGGGAAUCAGGGAGCUCUAGGUAGGAAAUGGUGACAUUGGCCGGCCAAUUUCACAGUUCUCACCACCCGCUUCUCGAAUGCAAGUAAGAGCGAGGCAGGCUCCGGCAAUCAUCAAUAGAAAAUUCUUCAGUGGAAACAAAACAGUUCCUAGUUAUUUGCAUCUAUCCUCCGUUUGCCGUAUUCUAGUCGUAGGCAGCCUGG